UUUUUAUUUUCUAAAUCAGACAGUUUGACUAGUGAUUGUUCUUCAUUGACUAACUUUGUCUGGGCUUGUUUUGACGGAUCUUAUUUUACCUCCUAAUUAACAAUAUAGCAUUACAUGACCGUUAAAAAGGGCAAUCAUGUUAUUGUGCCUGUCGUGUCCAUGCUUCAUCAAAAUGAUCCAGUGAUUCAUUUCUAUUGAUAAUUAUAACUAAUCGCCUCCCUAACUACACAGAGUAUACUGUAUGUUCAACACGACUUCUCAGUCAUACUGCCUCAUACACACACACACACCUUACCAUGGAAGCAUUUUUGACUAAAUUACAAUGUGAUAGAAAUAACAUUGUCUACAUCUACAAAACAAAAACAAAAAAGUGAGAGAUAAGGAAGAGGAAAAACAGAAACCAUCGAAAGGCUCAUAUAUGCGAAUCGGUUCAAAGAGUCGACUCGUCGGUGAACGUCACAUAAUUAUUUGGGUCGGGUGUUUAAAACAUAGGUCAGAAAUAUAUAGCGAUCUGGUGGGGACAGCUACUGUGAAAGGCUGGGACAUGGCUGGAAAUUGGAAGGAUUCCGAAACGAAGGAGCUGCUGUCUAUCCGGUCAGAGGAAGAAAUCAUUCGCCAGCUGAACGGCACUGUUCGGGAUGCAGUGGUGUACGAGAAAAUCACUCAGAAACUCAAAGAGCGCGGGGUUUUAAGAGAAAAGACGCAGGUCAUAAAUAAACUGAAAACUCUACGCAAGAAGUUUCACCAAAUUAAACAACGUAACGCCCAACUGGGGAAUUCAGACUGGCCGUAUUUCGAUAUGUGCCACUACAUAUGGGGAGGUGGACGUUCUGCAAACCCCGUGGUUUUGCUCAGUCCUUUAGAGCCUUAUCCCUCAGAGAAUGAUGCUGAAACCACUCUGAGUGAUACAGACAUCCUGAAGACUGAGGUGUGCACAGAAUUUGUGCCCUUAAGUCCAGCAGAAUUUCCUCCAUCUCCUCAGUCACCACCAAAUAAAAGUGCCAAGAAAGUAUCACGGGGGGAACAAAUGGUGAAGGACAUGAAAGAGUUUUUCACUGAAAUGGACCGAGACUUUGAAGAAAGGGAGCGCCUUCGUGUCCUGGAACAGAGGCAAUAUGAAGAGUGCUUAAGGAAGGAGGCAAAAGAAGAGGAAAGAGAAGAACGGGCCAGGCAAAUGGCCAUGUUUAAAGAAUUACUGGAAUCUCAAAAUAAUCUGCUAAGAGAACUCUUGUUGCGAAUCCCAUCACCAACAUUACAGCGGCUUACUCCAUCUAAAAACAAUGCUGAACCUGAAACCACUUCAAGUGUUGCAAACAUCCCAGACACCAAGGAGUGCACAAAAUUUACACACAGUCAUGCAGAAUCUCCUCAAUCACCACCAAACAAAAGGGCGAAGAAAGUAUCACAGGAGGAACAAAUAGCAAAGGACAUGAAAGAGUGUUUUGCAGAAAUUGCCAGAACCUUGGAAGAGAGGGAACGGCUUCGUCUCCUGGAGCACAGGCAACAUGAAGAGAGCUUAAGAAAGGAGGCAAAGCAGGAAGCACAAGAAGAACGGGCCAGGCAAAUGGAAAUGUUUAAAGAGAUGCAGGAGUCUCAGAAUGACCUACUAAAGGAACUCCUGAGGCGUAUGCCUUGAGCAACAUUACAGCAGUUAAAAGUCUCUAAGUACCGGCACUCAGUCAAUCAGUCCAGGUUCAUUACAGACACGGCUUCAAGUAGUAAUGUACAAAACACCUCAGAACAGGACAUGAUUUUUAACCCACCUUCAUCCACAUCCUUCAUGGAAUAAUGAGCAGGAACUUGGGGCGUUUCUAAAUUUUUGUACACUGUAUUUAUUUAUUAGUGGUUUUUAUUAGCGUUACUGCUCUUUAUGAAGAGUCUGAACCCAACUCAAUUAGUUUUAUGGUGCAAUUUGUUACCACACUUAAUGUAAGUAGUUUUUACAUGUUUUCUACUGCACUUUAAGUAUUUAUGCACAACUUAUAUUCAUUUGCACAUUUACCUAAAAAUUUAAUCUAAGAGCACUGUACGUAAAUAUUUAAAAAAUAAACAAUUGACACCAUUUGUCAUGUAUAAUCAUUUAUUGUUGUCAUUUUUAAAACUAGUGGUAGCUUUAAAUAAGCAUUUCUUUAGCCAGUGACAGAUUUAUAAGACACUGCCAGCAGAUACACAGUGAAUGUAUGAGCAGUUCAAGUAAAACAUUUGGGGUAAAAAAAUAAAAUAAAAUAUAAUCUUGACAGUAGGUCUGUGGGCAGUAGACUAUUAACUACACAUACAUGCAGUAGAAAGAAAAGUAACUGUUACAAAUGAUCUACAAAUAAAUAGUUUUGAGAAUUGCUUUUGUGUUGUACAUAUUCUAACCCCUUAUACUGCCACGCUGUUGAAUGCUUGAAUCUGAUUGGUCAGAUUCAUUUCUUAAAACAGGAUGGCUUGGACAGACUGGAAAGUUUAGUCGAAUGUGGUCAUUGUGCUAUUGUUUUCAUAGUAAUAGGUUACAGAGGGAAGCUCCACAUAAACAGAUUUCAAAAACAUCUAAUCAUUGAUGUGAUGAAGCUUUCUGUGAGGAGAUAUAUCAGUUUUGUAAGGGCUCUUCAGUGUCAGCUUCAGUUUCAGUCAGCUGUAAGUAUUUUGACAUGGGAAAGAACUUCAAGAGAAAGUUAAAAACAAAAACUUGCUGGUGUGAGAGCGACUGUUUAGAGGUAUAAGUGGUUAUAAGUGAUAACAUAAGGCGCUAACUUGUCGCUCUUUAAUAAAACAUUUUUUAUGGAAAAUUACUGUGGCACAAGAGGAAUAAAACACUUCAGUAUGUGCUGUGAGUGGCACCUGAGCUCAGAUUAACGUCUGUGUGAAGUUUCUGCACGUCUCCCGGUGUCCAUGUGGGUUUCUUUCCGGUUCUCUGAUUUCCUCCCUCCUUUCCAAAACAUGCUAGUUGGUGGACUGGCUAAGAUAAAUUGUGCCUAGUUGUAAAUAAGUGUGUAAUGAGCUCUCCUAAAAAGUUUUUGUUUCUAUAGCAACAACUUACGAGGGACUUGUUAGUACAGUGGCACCAAUAGAAUUCAAGUCAGAGAAAAAGAAUUACACACAUUUCUUCAAAGUACUUUUAACAUUUAUUAUUAGGUACCUGAGAAUGCUUUCUUAAAAUUCUUCCAUAGAUUAUAUAUAAGCAUACCUCAAUUUUUAUUGCCACUCAUUAGUUAAAAAAGCUUUUUAAAUUAUUACCCUCUGAAAAAAAAACAAUACUAAAAGUACUAUAAAAGUACUAUCAGUAACAAUAUAACAGUAUUUAUGCACCAGAUGUACAGUGUAGGUAAGGUCUUCCCAUUAUUAAAAUAAACCCAACCUGCUUCCCUUGUUUGGUUCCCACUUGGAUCACAUGCUCAUCCCUCAAACUAUGAUGUGAUGUAGGCUGGCAGUGUACAACAAUACCAAAGUAACUUUUGGUUAAUCAUGAU